AUGGCCACCGUUCCUGUUCCUACGAGUAUCCCCCCCAAUUCCACAGUCUACGUCCGCAACCUUGAAGAACGUAUCAAGCCCGACGAGCUCAAAGAAGCCCUCUCCGAGAUCUUCUCCGAAUACGGCAACAUCCUCGAAAUCGUUGCGAAGACGAAUCUUCGCGCAAAAGGACAGGCAUUUAUCGUCUUUGAUGACGUCGAGUCUGCGACCCGCGCCAUUGAUGAGAUCAAUGGCUUCGACCUUUUCGAUAAGCCCAUGGUCCUUGACUAUGCGAAGACAAGGAGCGAUGCGACGGUCCUGAGAGAAGGCGGGGAAGAUGAGCUCGAGGCGCAUAAGAGGAGAAGAUUGGCGGAAAAAGAACGCCGACAAGCCCACGAAGCCCUCGAAGCCCAGAAGAAGCUCAAGCGUCCAUCCGGCGGCGCUCCCGAGGCCCCCGGUCGCCCAGCAAAGACAGCCAAGGGGGCAGGCCUCAAGCCUACGUCCGGCGCCGCGGCAGCCGUCAUUCCCGACGAGUACCUACCACCAAACAAGAUUCUGUUCCUGCGGGACCUCCCCGAUACGGCGGACCAGGAUCAACUAACCGCUAUGUUUGGGCGCUUCGAGGGGUUCCGCGAGGUCAGACUUGUGCCUGGGCGAAAGGGGAUUGCGUUCGUGGAGUACGAGAGCGAGUCCGGAGCUAUCAGCGCGAAGGAGGCGACGUCAGGGAUGGCAAUGGGACCCGAGGGGAAGGCGAUCCGGGUUACGUACCAAAGGCAGUGA